AUGGACGAGGUACCCGACGAACUCGUCGCACUCAUCUCCUGCUUUCCGCCGCCAAACGAUAUCGCAUCACUUUGUCUCGUCAAUAAACGUCUCGCCAAGCUCUGCUGCCCCUCUUUGUACCGCGAAAUCGUCUUCGAUGGCUCCAAUGCGCUGCAGAUGAAAGCUUGUAUUACGACGCUUGCGCAGCGUCCUCUCUGUGCGGAACUCGUGCGAAAGCUCGACGUGAUUCAUCUCGAUACGACGACCCUCAAGCGCCUCGACCCCGGGCCAUUUCCCGACGAGAACCUCCCUCUCCUCAUCUCCGCUGCAAUGCAAAAUCUUGUGCAGUUGGAGACACUUUCGUUCACCUCCUCACCCACGUUUUUUGCGCUUGCCUUGAACCACCAAUUUCCCCAUCUCCGCUGCUGCACGCUGCCAUACAUCGGCUUCUAUACCGUCGACUUUCUCAAAUUCCACGAAUCCACACUACAGGUCCUCGCCAUCUCAAACAGCGAGCGGACACAACUCAUGUUAACCCAAGACGAUGCACCUCAACUUGCGCCUCUCGAAUUCCCGUGCCUUACGCGCUUCGCUGGCCCGUCAACACUCGCCGAACGCUGGCUGUUAAACUCGCCCAUCGAGCAUUCGGUCUUUGAUUGCCGCGUUGCGCCGGAUGCUCCCAGCAAGGUUUUGUCUGUCCUCGCCGAUGCUUCCAAUCUCGUUUCUUGCACUCUGUUUGUUGAAAUGUGGGACACCGAAACGCUUGCGGCCGUCGCCACGCAUGCGCCGGCCAUCCAACUGCUAACGAUUUUUGCAUUCGGAGUCAAUCAUAGUCGGGAGGCAUCUGAAGCUUUCCUGCCGUCCGUCGACAAGUACAUCGCGCAGCUUCCGCACCUUACGACACUGCGCAUGCCCCGACCCCGGCCGCCGGACUGGGAGACGAAAUCCAUUGAAGAGUUGACACCCAUUGUCCUCGCGGAGCUCGCACAUGUCCGGCGCUGGGCAGGAUGCUGCCCGACGCUCGCAUGUGUGCUGUUGCAGGAGUGCUGGAGCUGGUUCCACAACGACGUAUGGCUUGCAUCGGACAAGGACGCGGUCCCCGCCAACGACGUCAACAGGGUGGCGGUCGCUGGCAAGCUCGAUCUGCUGACAGAGGAGGAGACUUUAGCCGCUCUUGAUGCGUCUCGCAAGCGCGCGAAUGGGAUCAGCGCACUUAUGACGCUCAUUGCGCCGUUGGCAAACAAAGUUUUGAUCUCCCUUUGA